AUGAUUGUGCUGCAUAGAAAGUACCUGCUGGGCUGCAGCCGCGGGACGAGCGAGGGCGUGAAGCUGCUCACGAGGGACCUGGUCCACAUUGCCAUCCAGGUGUGUCUUGGCCUCAUCCACCUCCACCAGCAGCGUCUCCUCCACAAGGAUGUCGCCACGAGAAACUGCCUCAUAGACUCCGAGCUGCAGGUUCGCGUGUCAGACACCGCCCUUGCUCGCGACUUGUUCCCGCAGGAUUACCACUGCCUGGGUGACAACGAAAACCGCCCUGUUAAGUGGCUUAGCCUUGAGGCCCUUAUCCAUAAACAGUUUACUCCUGCCAAUGAUGUGGAAAUAUUUUUACCUAAGGAGAGAGUAGCAUUUGACAUCCUAGAUUUUUUGCACAAUGAGUUAGGUAAAAAGUACUUCCAUAACAUCAUGCGAGACUUGAGAAUUCAGGCCCUCAACCUCAGGCUUGAGCUAAGAGUAUCCUAG